AUGGAGCCAGAAACCGAUUACUAUCAGAUUGGUGGCUUCAGAGCUCACUCUGAGUCAUGGUUUCAAAUGUACGACGACAAACAAAUGAUAGAUGCUAUCGCGAAUGACCAGGGUCCCGAACUCAGGCCUGGAGGUCCUGGCGCGCCUAUAGAGCUGGUCUUAGGAAUUCUGCCUUGUGGCGCCUCAUACGUCCUCAUGACAUCUCAUCAAAUGUGGACAUUCGUCCGGAAGCACCGCCAGCGGCCUCCUGGCAAGAGACCGUGGAAAGUGGAUGAUUUCGUCUCGCUAUCCCCGAUUUAUUUUGCCACAAAGAGUGACCUUCAGGACAAGCUCAAGACCUACAAGGUGAAAUCCCAAAAGAACAAAAAGGAUAAGGAGGACAACAGCCCCGCAAACCGUGGUUUUAUUCAACUUCGGGAGAGGGGCAAUUCGAGCAAUGCACGGGCGGACUUCGAGAACCAGAGGUUCGAUGAGAUUGCUACAUAUUUUAUUGGAGCCCUUGGUCUAAUCAAUCCAGUCUGGGCUGGCGCAAUCAGAGUUAUCUCGAUAAUCGUAAACACAUGGCACAAGGAUAGACGUCGCGAACGUUUUGACAAACCCAAUAUCAUCGAUGUCGGAUGGACAGAUGUGAUGUUGCCGGAGUACUUGCAAUCUGGGCGAGUAACAGAAACCGUACACAUAAAGAUGAAAGGACUCGCACUGAGAAAUGAGGAACAGAACGCGGUACCACUCUUCACAUACGUUCCAUAUGUGUUAUCUGACGAUUUUUCUCAGUCCUUUGAGCAUGGGACCACCAACAACGAGGGCACGGUGGAUAUUCUUUACUCGGAAAUACGGAGGGUCUUCGCACAUGACGCUGCCCAGUGUGGUGUUCCACUUGUAGUGCUGGUUCACGAGGAAGAGAUGGUGCGCGGAGUGCUUGCACGUUCUGGAAUCGACGUUGGGUCGUUUGCCUCUGUCGAAACUAUCUCGCCGAACCUCCAGAUCACCUUCCCCGCGACGCUCGAAUACUGGCGCGUCCCAUUCCUCACGUGA